AUGUUGCCUAAUCAAACCAUACAUGGAAUAGCAACUCGAGUCUACAACUUCGCGAACAGAAGGAAGAAGCAAGCAUAUCUAUAUGGAUCUCAAACACCGCCACUUAUGACGAAGACUGAAAUGACCCAUAAAAGGGAGCAGAAGGAGAUCCAGCGUUGUAUAUACUCUUCUCGCUACUGCCGACCAGUCCAUAUUCUAGCAUCUACGGCAGCGGAUGCUUUGGCAACUGUUCUUAAUGACUUGGACCCGAGAGGUUUCGCCGAGACCACCUCAGCUAUCUCGGAAUUCAUCCACAAAGCCAAGACGAUCAGGGAAGAGAGAAAAGACAACCUCAUAACUCGCAGAGAACAGCUUGAGAAGCUUCGGAGCCUACAAGUCGACCUAGCCAUCAGGUUUGACAGAAGCCAUGUUCGAGAUGGAGAAGUCGUGUUAAAGAGAAUAUGUGAUCUCGCAACAGCCGCCCACAAAAAGAGAAGGAGAAGCACCGGAUGA